AUGGUUGACGGCGCUCGGCACCCUCGCCGCUCAUCGCCAACCACGCUCACCGGUCUCACCACCCACGGCGUUCUCGCCGAAGGCUCUCACCGGUCUCGCCGCCCACGGCGCUCACCAGUCUCACCACCUUGGUGCUCAUCAUCGACGACGCUCACCGGUCUCACCCCUCUCGGCGCUCACCACCACCGACGCUCACUGGUCUCGUUGCCUACGAAGCUUACCACCCUCGGCGCUCACGACGCCCACGCGUUCACUCACUCUGUUCUUCUCCCUUACGUGGCACCCUUAUUGAGCCAUGGCCUGUCACAUAGCGUGAGUGUAACACCCUAA